AUGGGUUCAUGUAGUGGCUAACCAAAUAGAAAGGUUAAUUCAAAAAGAAAUAGCCUGAUGACUUUUCAUAAAACUUAGGAAGUUUCUACGAUAAAAUCGAACAAAAGUUUUAGAAAACAAAAAACAGAUUUUAAGGUUGCUCCAAGUAUAUUUGUCUCCUUAAAAAAUGGAGAUAUUUAUGAAUACUAUGAUAUUGAAUCAACUUUAGGAGAAGGUAUGAAGAUUAUAUAUCUAAUAAAAGGAAAUUUUGGAAGAGUUAGCUUGAUUAAGUAAAAAUCAACAAAAAUUCUUCGUGCAAUGAAAUAGAUUGCUAAAGAUAAAAUAUUAGCAAGUUAAAGAGAAAAGAUGAUUCAAGAAGUGAAUAUAUUGAAAGAUCUUGACCAUCCUAAUAUAGUGAAUAUUUAUGAACUUUAUUAAGAUGAACGUUAUUAUUACUUGAUAACUGAGUAAUUAGAGAUGUUUAAUCAAGAUAUUUAAGUGGAGGGGAGUUGUUUGAUAAAAUCUAAUAAAGGAAGAAUUUAAACGAGAGUAUGGCUGCAAAUUAUAUGAAAUAAAUAUUAAGUGCUGUUAAUUAUUGUCAUUAGAGAAAUAUUGUGCAUAGGUAAAGUUAAAAAUAUAUUUUGUAGGGAUUUAAAACCAGAAAACAUUCUAUUUGAUUAAAAAGGAACAGAAUAGAAUAUCAAAAUUAUUGAUUUUGGAACAGCCAAGUAAAUUCUUUCAAAUACUAAAUUGAAAUAAAUGACAGGAACACCAUAUUUCAUAGCUCCAGAAGUUAUAGAUUAAAAUUAUAACAGUAAAUGUGAUUUAUGGUCAUGUGGAGUUAUAUUGUAUAUAAUGAUGAGUGGAAAGCCUCCAUUUAAAGGAAUCAAUGUAGAUGAUUUAUAUAGGAAUAUUAAAAAUGGAUAUAUAGAUUUUACUGGUAACUUUAAAAUAUAAGUUGUAAUAAGGUUCUGAAUGGCAGUUUGUAUCUUAAGAUGCUAAAUCUUUUAUUUCAAAACUAUUACUUGUUGAUCCUUCUAAGCGAAUGUCAGCUGAAUAAGCUUUAAAAGAUCCAUGGAUUGUAAGUAAAAAAAGGGAGGAUAAAAUUAAUACAAAAAAUUUAGAAAAUCUUUCUUAAUUUCAAGUAAUUUUAGUUGAAUAAAACAAUUAGAAUAAUAGUAAAUUGAGUUCUGCUAUUUUAUAAUUAAUAUCAACAUAGAUAAUGACAUCUAAGGAGAAAAACGAAUUGAUAUAAGGAUUUAGUGCUAUUGAUAAAAAUGGUGAUGGAAAAUUGAGUAAGGAAGAAUUAAUAUAAUGUAAUAAUAAUAUAAAUGUAGGUUACAUGAACUUGUACUAAGAUGAAAUAAAAUGCAAUCAAAUUGUGAAUAAAAUAUUUAAAUAUUCUGAUACUGAUUGUUCAGGAACUAUAGAAUAUACAGGUAAAGAAGAAUUUAUUAUUAUUUAAAGAGUUUAUUGUUGCUUAUUCUGAGUUAUAGAAUUUGAUGGCUUAAGAGAAACUAGAAAAAGCUUUCAAAUUAUUUGAUAAAGAUGGCAAUGGAACAAUUAGUAAAGCCGAACUUUAGGAGAUAUUCGGAGGUUUAGCUUUGAAAGAAAAUUAAUGGGAUGAAAUCUUUUCUGAAUUAGACACCAAUGGCGAUGGAGUGGUUACUUUCUAAGAAUUCACACAAUUGUUAUUGAAAGAUAAUAAUAAAUGA